CAAAGCGAGAAGAAGAAAGAAAGAAGAAAGAAAGAACUUCAGAUUUACGUUUCACACAAAUCGCUAGUAAAAUGGCACUAGUCGUGCAAAAAUUGCUAUCGACAAGUAGUAGACUAUCCUGCACAAGAAUCGCACGCCUUUUUCAUGAUGAAUUCAGUUCGCCAGAUCCAGCCAAUCCAAAGAAACAUACGAACAAACAGGAACAGCACAUUCCUUCAGCCGGAUCGAUUGCGAAUAAGUAUCAAAUUUUCCGCGAUGUCGACGCAUCGGUGAUUCUGGAUGUCGAGGAAGAACGGCAACUGCAGAGGCAACAGCACCAGGAUGAAACCAGAAGAGAUGUCGAAGAUAUGGAUUCCGGCAAACCUCUGCCAAGUAUUUUCAAUGGGAUCAAUCUACAACGCGGGAAAGCAGGUGUCUUUGAAAUAGAUGACUUGGUCACAGUGCUGCGGCUCAACAAUGCCGAAAACAUAUUCGUGUGUUCCGUGCCCAAAGAAUUCAAAUAUGUAGAUUUCAUCUGUGUCGUGACGGGCAUGAGCUUUCGCCAUAUGAGAGGAAUAUCGGAAUUCGUUCGCAAGGUGUACAAAAUGAAGCGAAACCAGUCGGACGUAAUCCCAAGGAUUGAAGGAGAGAACAGUCGCGACUGGAUGGCACUGGACCUGGGAAACAUCGCGCUGCACGUAUUCUCAGAAACGGCUCGAGAUCAGUACGAUCUGGAGUCGCUUUGGGCGAUCGGAGCCAAGUUUGAUAAGGAAUGCAACAAACCGGAUGAGCCGUUGGUGGAACUUUUUGAACGGCAUUCUAUCUAUUUGAAUGACUUGAAACCAUUGAGGACAAACCCAACGGAUGGGAAUGCACUGGCGUAGAGUUACAACAAACUAGAAAUAAAUUAAAUUAUCAAAUCCAUGCA